CACUACUUGGCAGAUAUAGGUAUUUUGGAUAGGAUUUUGUAGUUUAUGCAGUUCUAAGAACCUCUAUUUUUUUUCCUUCGGCUCCAUGGUUGUCCCACACUCCAGACCAGCAGGUGGCGGUAAUGCACCUUAGGUUGGCUUGCAAUCCGCCAAUAAACAUCAUCAUCAUAGGAAGAAAACAAUACUCCCUGCCCCCUACCGCCUGAAUACAAGGUUGGGAUCUUCGGUGUCAAUAAGUAACGUCACUACUAAGCGAGCGAAAAUGGCAGUGAGAGUUGCACUGAGGAACAAGUGUGGCUUUUCAGGUUUUCUCUUGCAGCUGUCCUACGGCAGCAGACAGGGCAGAGUAUGUGCGUCUCCUGUCAUAGCUGCUCAGCAGAGGAACAACUCCACCACAACUAACAUCAAAGUGGAUUUUGAUCAAAGCACAGGCGUGGCGGUGAUGUACAUGCAGAGUCCUCCAGUCAACAGCCUUAGCUUAGACUUCCUCACCGAGUUCUGCAUCAACCUGGAGAAGCUAGAGAUGGAUAAGAGCUGCAGAGGCCUCAUCGUCACCUCAAGCCAGCCCAAGGUGUUCUCUGCUGGGCUGGACAUCAUGGAGAUGUAUGGAAAGAGUCCAGAGCACUGUGGAGAGUUCUGGAGAGCUGUUCAGGAGAUGUGGCUGAAAAUGUAUAGCUCCAACAUGGCCACCAUAGCUGCCAUUAAUGGUUCCAGCCCUGCAGGGGGCUGUCUGAUGUCUAUGACAUGUGACUACAGAAUAAUGGCAGACAACCCUCGUUACAGUAUUGGUCUUAAUGAAACGCAGCUCGGCAUUGUGGCACCGUUUUGGUUUAAGGACACCAUUAUAAACACAGUGGGCCACCGCACCGCAGAGAUGGCCCUGGAGUUGGGGCUGCUCUUUAGCCCUUCAGAGGCCCUGAAGAUAGGACUGGUGGACCAGGUGGUACCUGAAGACCAGGUUCUCACCACAGCCACUCAGGCCAUGACUAAGUGGUUGGCUGUUCCAGACCACGCCAGACAGAUCACCAAGUCCUUGAUGAGGAAGCCAACCCUUGACAAGCUAACAUCUAGCAGAGAGGCUGACAUCCAAAACUUUGUCAGCUUCAUCACCAAAGACUCCAUUCAGAAGUCUCUUCGGGUUUAUCUAGAGAUGCUGAAAAAGAGAAAAGGCUAGAGGAGAGACAUGACACAGAUAUUAGAGGUACCUUGUGACCUCUAAUUGAAAACACAUCUGCCUUUCAUGUUGUGCUCAUUGGCAUAAGUUUACUAUGAUCCUCCCAGAGUUGUCACCAGCUACUCUUCAUAACAGCAUUCAACCAGCCAAGAACCAUUGUUACUGUAAAGCUGUGUGAUCCUCUGACACCUGGAAGAGGUCUAGCAAGCUGUAAUUACAAAAUAUUUCAAACUCAUUAUUUUCAGAGCAAUAAAGAAUUCUUUAAAUUGGC